UCCCAGCGUGCCCCGCGGCGGCGGCGGCGUUGGCGGGCGGUGCUGAGGGAUCCGCGCAGCCCCGACAUGGCGGCCGCCGCCAGCUGCUCGCUGCGCGCCAAGCGGCUGCUGCUGGAGCCCCGCUUCGAGGGCUACAAGCUGUCCCUGGAGCCGCUGGCCUGCUACCGCCUCGGGCUGGCCGACGCUGUAGCAGAAGUGAAACUCCGUGAUGAUCAAUAUACCCUUGACCACAUGCGUGCUUUUGGCAUGUAUAAUUACCUUCACCUUGACUCCUGGUCCCAGGAUAACGUCUACUACGUUGAUCAGUCUGGAAGGGUUAUGAAUUUGUCAGUGACUCUGGACACUGCUCUACAAAAGCCAAGAGAAGUUUUCAGGCUCCCUGCAGACUUGACAGCUUGUGAUAAUCGCCUUUGUGCCUCCAUAUACUUCCCAUCUUCCACGUGGGUUACCCUUUCUGAUGGAACAGGAAGACUCUAUUUAAUCAAAACAGGCAAGCGUGGAGACAGUGCAUCAGAAAAGUGGGAGAUUGUGUUUAAUGAAGAACUAGGCAGUCCAUUUAUUGUAGCACACAGUGUUUCAUUUGUAAAAUCUGGUACUCAUUCAGUAGCUGUGCUGCUGCUUAGGGUAGAAAAAGAUGAAUUGGACACAAAAGGAAGUGGAUUUCAUGUUACCUUGGAAUGGGUUACAAUUGCAGAGAUGAGCAAAGAGGGUGAUCAUCAAUAUGAAAUCUGCAGAAAGAGAGUUUUACAAGGAAAAUCAGUCCCCCAUUAUGCAGCAAUAGAGCCGAAUGGGGAUGGUCUAAUGAUUCUUUCCUACAAACCAUUCAAAUCUGUACAAGAAGAAGAAAAAAAGUUAGCAGAAAAUGAUGAUGCAAAAACAGCAAAUGAAAAGAAAGACCCUCUCUAUUACUGGCAGCAGACUGAAGAUGAUGUGACAAUAACAAUUCAUGUUCCUCAAGACAUCACUAAGGAUGACAUAAAAGUACACUUUUCCCCUGAGAACAUAUGUGUUACACUGAAAGACCAGCCUCCUUUGAUGGAAGGAAGACUACAUUCUUCUGUGGACCAUGAAAGCUGCACAUGGAUAAUUAAAGAGAACAAAAGCUUGGAAAUUUCUCUAAUUAAGAAAAAUGAGGGACUCCGGUGGCCAGAGCUAAUAAUUGGUGACACAAACGGGGAACUCAUUAUGGACCCUUCCCAAGCCACUGAAAUAAGUGAAUGUCUGAUGCAUCUGACCUCUGAAGAAAUGAAUCCAAACCCUGAAAAGGAAAACCCACCUUGUAAUGCACAAGAAUUAGAAGAAUGUGAUGCUUUUCUUGAAGAUAGUGCAACUUUAUGCAGAUUUGAUGGCGAUACCCUACAGGUCACUCACGUAAUUAAUCUUGGAAGCAACCAGUAUCUUUUCUCGGUUGUAGUGGAUCCCAGAGAAAUGCCUUGCUUCUGCCUGAGGCAUGAUGUUGAUGCUCUUCUUUGGCAGCCCCACCCUGACCAGCCAGAAAACAUGUGGGAACACAUUGCAACUUUUAAUGCUUUAGGUUACGUACAAGCAUCAAAACAAGACAAGAAGUUCAUGGCUUGCGCCCCAGACUACUCCUAUUCUGCUCUUUGUGAGUGCUUGCGGCGAGUUUUCAUCUACCGCCAGCCAGCUCCUCUGUCCACGGUUCUCUACAACAGGAAGGAAGGAAGACAAGUAGGACAGGUUGCCAAGCAGCUGGUAGCAACCCUGGAAGCCAACGAUCCUAUCCUAGGCUUUCAAGCUACAAAUGAGAGAUUAUUUGUUCUCACAACAAAAACCUUGUUUUUAAUAAAGGUGAACACUGGAAAUUAAUUACUGAGUAUAUUCUGCUGCAGUUAUGUUUAAGGAAUUGGUAGGUAAAUGAUCUCAAGAGUUCAGUGUGUUUUGCUGAGGCUUAAAGGGAUUUUACAGGGGAAUCAAUUUUUUUUUGUUAGAACUUGUCUGUAAGUCAGUGAGAAAGUUUUUCAACUUUGCUGUCACUGAACUAAGCUUUUUCAGAGAGACAGAAAAAUGCCUUUUGUGCUAGCAGCUUACUCAAAGCAAUUUUCAGAGGCUGCUGUUUGCAUAGGUGAAAUAGAUUUAUGCAUUGUUUUUUCCAAAUGACUCUUUGCUGCACUUCUAAAAUUUGAGAAUUCACUUCUGUUUUUAAUGGACACUGUUUACCUCUGAAAGAAAUAAUCAGGUAUUGAAAAUAAAGCCUUGAGUUACAAAUGUAUGGUGUGAGAAAUAAAGAAGUGUGUAUCAUAAAGAAAAAACUACAAAUUCAAAUACUAUUGGCCAAAAAAUGAUUGAAUAUUUCGGUAUUCAAUAACAUUGAAUGGAAUGUGAGUGGAAUGAAUGGAGUAUUGUUUCUUAUACAGUUAUUUAAUUCAAGUGGAAUGAUUUCAUUGUAUAUCCAAUACGUAAAGUCUGUGACUUAGUCAUGCUUGCAGUGGAAUCUAGUCACAUUUUAAGAGAUGUUGGAUAGCUUUUGGUAGAUUUUUCUUGAAAGAGAAUCAGGGUGACUGCAUAACUGGUGACAACAUAGUGAAAGGUACAAGUCAAACUCUCAUACUCUCAAUUGUUAUUUUCAUUUGAAGAACUUAAGUGACUAAUUUGCAAUUAGAAAACUGCUAACAGGAAAUGUACCUGUAUUGUAAAACAAGAUGGGAAACUCAAAGGUUCUGCUUCUGCCUUAAAUAAUGUGAUACCACCCUAAAUAAUGUGUUACUUGAUAACUACUUUGUCCCUGAUGUACAAGUCCAAAUGUGGUAUGUUUCCAAUGUAAGAGUACGAAUAUGGAUGCUUUAAAGCUGCUGUUUACUAAACAGGCAUGGUUGAUUUUGUUGAAAAGCUGUAUUUAAAGAUUUUUGUUUUUUAAUUUAAGGUGACCAUGUCAAUACAGUUAAACCAAAAAGGGUCAAUUGUGACAGUUCUACUCCCCAACUUUUUUUUUUCUCCAUAAUUUGUUUGUAACUCCAUAGCAAAGAAUGCCUAAUGAAUAUAUUGUGUACUAAAGCUGCCAUGACCUGUGGUACCGGAGUACUGAGACAAACACAGUGUGUCCCCUAGUAGUUUGCAUCUCUGUCAAUAUUAUUUCAGACCUCUGUAAGAAUCUACUGAGAAGAAAAUGUGUUCCAUUUUAUGGACUAUCAGGUUUGUGGCUGUGGUUGUUUUGGCUAUCCCAUAAAUUCUGCAGACUUGUAUCAGUGAAAUGAUUAAAUGAUAUGGUGGGAACUUAAGAGGGAGACAAGCAGUUGUCUUCCAAAAAAAAGAAAAAGUCCAAACUCACCAGCUUUUCCUCAAAAGCAAGUUCAGCCUGAUUUUCUUCCUUUUCAUCAUUUUUAUGUUGUGUAUCCAUUAAUGGAAAGUUUUUCUUUGCCUAGGUAUGUUAAAACAGACUCCAGCCGCAAGCCUUCACUUCUUUAAUUUUUAAACUGUCUUGAAAAUACUUUUUAAAAAAUCUCAAUGAAUGUAUUACUAUUUCAUGACUUUGCUUCUAAAUUUCCGUAUUGGGCAAUAAUGCCGAACAGCAUGGUGGAAAUCAUGUAGUGGCCCAUGCAGUCGAUUACUUUGCAGCAUAAAGUAAGUGCAUUGAGAUUUAUAUGAAUAUUACUUAGUAACCUGAAUAUAGAUGAGACUUCCAGCUCUUUUUCAAAUUCCCCCUUGAUGCGGCAUGCACAUCUGGGAACAUACUUCCGUUGUUUUCUGGAACAGAUAAAAAACAAAGUCAAGUAAAAUGGCCACCUUUUCAGAGACUGUAUUAUCAUAUGUAAUGGCUAAAAAUAUUCUGCCCAAAUGUGUGUCUGUUUCAAGGGAGUCAUUGUUUUCUCAUGGGAACAACUGAACAUGGUGAAGAGGUUAAUCCAUGUUCUGUGUUACUCGCCUAUCUCCAAUCAUGGUGUUCUCAGAAAGGAUAUGUCAGUUUCUCUUUUAUUUUGCUUUCUCUGUGAGUUAAGGACACUGUAUUAUUUAAAAUAUUUGCUGCCUUGAGGAACCUUGCAUGCUGUCGCACAGCAAGCUACUAUAAUUAAAUGGCUGCAAGCCGCAGGGAGGCACUUAUUAGCAGCAUUUCCACUUCUGUGUUCAGUUAAUUGUAAGGCUUAUUUGUUUAGUGUAUUAUUGCGGGCUUAUACAAAGUAUAAGAAUGGGUAUAUUUAAGAGGUGGUUUUCUGAGAACCACACUUCAGUUUUUCUAAAAUUUUACUGCCUGAAAUCUAACAUUGUAAGACAGUACUUCCUGAAAAGUCCCAAUCACAAUCUGUUUACAGAAUUUCUGAGAAACUACUUGGCUAUUACAGACUUGCAUUAUUUAUUUCAAAUGUCCUUUUUAGUGUUUCCCUUGGUUGGCUGCCUAUUUGGAACGUAUCAUGUAUUCUUCUACAAGUUUAAAUAAAUGGAAACAAAAUGUUACGUUUAUUAAUAAAGUUUUUAAAAUUA